AGUGCCCAGCCUACGCUGUGAGUGGGUGCUGCGGUGCCGUAGAACUUGUACCAGAACCGGAUUCUCGGGCUGGCCCUCAUGGCCUCCCCGUCUCGAGCCUCCCAGGGCCGCCGGCGGUCCAAGGACCCGAUCCGGCACAGCUUCAACCCGGAGCAGUUCCCCAACGUCGACUUCCGGAAUGGCGUCCCGGAUGACCUGGCGGGGGCGGGGGCGGGGGGCAGCUUGCCGCGUUCCACUAGCGACACGGACCUGGUGACGUCGCACAGCCGCUCGACGCUGACCGCCAGCACCGCCCACUACACCAUCGGCCAAUCGCAGGACAUCACGCUCAGCUGGGACAUCAAGGAGGAAGUAGACGCCGGGGACUGGAUUGGGAUGUACCUCGUCGAUGAGGUCCUGUCUGAGAACUUUUUGGAUUAUAAGAACCGUGGUGUGAACGGCUCCCACAAAGGCCAGAUAGUGUGGAAGAUCGAGGCCAGCUCCUACUUUGUGGAGCCGGAGACGAAGAUCUGCUUCAAGUAUUACCACGGGGUCAGCGGAGCACUGCGCGCCACCACACCCAGUGUGACAGUCAAAAACCCCUCCGCACAGGUGUUCAAGCCCCCGUCAGUAGAGGAAGUUCCACAGAGCCAGGGCAGCCGGCGCCUCAUCAGCUUCUCAAUCUCAGACUUCCAGGCGUCUGGUCUGAAGAAGGGCAUGUUCUUCAACCCGGACCCCUACCUGAAGAUCGCCAUCCACCCGGGCAAGCACAGCAUCUUCCCAGCGCUGCCCCACCACGGACAGGAGAAGAGGUCCGGCAUCGUCUGCAACACCGUCAACCCCGUGUGGCAGAGAGAGCGGUUUAAUUUUGUCUCCCUGCCCACUGAUGUCCUUGAGAUCGAGGUGAAGGACAAAUUCGCCAAGAGUCGUCCCAUCAUCAAGCGCUUCCUGGGGAAGCUGUCCAUGCCCGUACAGAGACUGCUGGAGAAGCAUGCCAUUGGUGAUCGCGUGGUCAGCUACUCGUUGGGCCGUAGGUUACCCACGGAGCAUGUCAGUGGCCAGCUGCAGUUCCGAUUCGAGAUCACCUCCUCUAUUCACCCAGAUGACGAGGACAUGUCCCUGAGCACGGAGCCAGAGUGUGCCACCGUCCCCGAGGAGCCGGAGAGGGAGCAGAGGGCAGCACUGCAGGAGGAGGAGGAGGAAGAGGAAGACGAGGAGGAGGAGGAGGAGAGGCGGCGACGACGACGGCGACGUGUCCAGGCUGAAGACGCCAUGAGCCUGGACCACCAUGCAGCUCCCGAGCUGCCUCUGGAUGGGGAGCCCGAUGGUGUUGUUGCCCCCGACGUCGUCCCCAUGGAAACAGAGCCAGCAUCAGCAUCUGUGGCUGUGGAGGAGCAUCCUCAGCAGCAGGACAGCAGGGAGGUGCAGGAGGAGGAGCGGAGUAGGAGGACCGUCAGCAGGACUGAGGCUGAAGCUGAAGCACGGCCACAGAUAGUGGAUGGCGGACAGGGCACCAGAGAGGCUGCACCACCCCUCUCAGGGCAGCGGGAGUGUGCAGCUGAGACAGGGCCUUCGGAGGCUAUGGAGGUAGCAGAGGCCAUGGUGAAGACAGACACUGGAGCAACUGUUGAGACAACAAGGAGCAAGGAAGCCUCAGCAUCACACAUACAGGGGGAGACGGCAGCUGCCGGCAACAGUAGUUUUGUGGAGGCCUCAAAGGAGGCAACGAUUGGCCAGCAGCCGCAAUCACAGCAUCAGGACCAUAUGGAGGUGGGGCCAGGGGAGGGGCCGGACAAGGUGGACGGGGUCACAGCAGAGUCGGGGGCGGAGCUGGACCUAGAGGAGGAGGAGUUAGAGCCUGAGCCGGAGGCGUGCUGCUCCCUGCGCGUGCGUGCCAAGCCGUGCCGGAAGCCCCGGCCCUGCUCGCUGCCCGUGUCCGAGCUGGAGACGGUGAUCGCGUCAGCGUGCGGCGCCGGGGAGCCCGAGACGCCGCGCUCGCACUACAUCCGCAUCCACCACCUGCUGCACAGCCUGCCCUCCGCGCACGAGCAGGACGACGUCGUUGACGGCAACGCCAGCGCCCCCGGCGACGGUAACCAACAGCAACACCAUGGUAACAGCAUCAGCAGCAUCAGCACGCAAAACCAGCAGAAGCCAACGGAUGGUGAGCAACAACAGCAGCCGCAGCAGCAGCAGCAGCAGGAGAAUGAUGAUGACGAUGAUGAUGAAGAGGAUGACGACGAUGUGGUGCUGGAGCCUCACGCUCAGCUGUCGCCCAACGGAACGCCGUGCCCUCGUAGAACGCUGCCGCGGAGCCGGUCGGUGGAGCGCCUGUCUGACCUCAUCCACCAGCUGGACGGGGAUGGGCGGCCAAUCGACGGGAAGAGCGGCACAUCGGCGAGCGUAGGAGGAAGAGGAGGAGGAGGAGGAGGAGAGAGUGAGGAAGAGCUGAGUCCUGUCCCCUGCUGCAGCCACUCGGCUGGGAAUCAGGGCGCGCUGGGCAGCAUGCACGUGCACGGCCGGGCCUUAUCUCUCGACAGCGCUCGCCGCUCCGACAGCACCGUGUUCUCCUCGCAGGACGACGAUGACGAGGAGGCGGAGUACGAUGAAGACGGGAUGCGAAGGGUUAACGGCGUGCUGGGCUCGGAUUCGGACCAGGGUCUCGGGGCGCACUGUAGGGAGCCAGGUGACGGGAGGCCGCAGUGGGAAGAGGCUCCCGCCACGCAGGUGCAGAGCCCACAAAGCAGCGUGGGAAACGGGCCGCACGGGGCGCCCACGGCUGGGGCCUGCUCCAGGAGCGGACGUGACUGUCCUCUGCCCUGUAGUCAUCCUAGCCAUCCCCCGGUCACUCCGCUGCCAGCGUUGAGGCCUGACCCCCAUCACUACCCAACCAUAGAUGAGCCCCUUCCUCCCAACUGGGAGGCCCGUAUCGACAGCCAUGGGCGCGUGUUCUACGUGGACCACAUCAACCGCACCACCACCUGGCAGAGGCCCACUACAGCCGCCACCCCCGACGGCCUGAGACGAUCAGGAUCCACACAGCAGAUGGAACAGCUCAACAGGAGGUAUCAAACGAUCCAGAGAACCAUGGCAACGGAGAGGCGAGAGGAGGAGGGGACGAGCUCCGGAAGCGAGAGGGCCGGCUCCAGUGAGACGGACUCGCCUCCAAUGGCCCACGACUUGAGGAGGGACACCCCCUGUUCCCCUGGCCAUUGCCAGAAGAUCACUCAGCUACUCCAGAGUCCAGCCGUCAAGUUCAUCACACAUCCCGAGUUCUUCACCGUCCUCCAUGCCAACUACGGUGCUUACCGCAUGUUCACCAACAGCUCCUGCCUCAAACACAUGAUCCUGAAGAUCCGACGAGACGCGCGUAACUUCGAGCGCUACCAGCACAACCGCGACCUCGUCACCUUCCUCAACAAGUUUGCCGACGCCCAGCUCGAGCUUCCCCGCGGCUGGGAGAUAAAGACGGACCCACAGGGAAAGUCGUUCUUUGUGGACCACAACAGCAGAGCCACGACCUUCAUCGACCCCCGGAUCCCCCUGCAGAACGGCCGCCUCCCCAACCAUCUCACACACAGACAACACCUACAGAGGCUACGCAGCUACAGCGCAGGAGAGGCAUCUGAUGUGUCUCGUACGCGUGGUGUAUCUCUCCUCUCUCGGCCGGGUAAUAGCCUUGUGGCCAGCAUACGCAACCAAAGCCAGCAAGAGCCCGUACCGCUAGCGUAUAACGACAAGAUUGUGGCGUUCCUACGGCAACCCAACAUCUUUGAGGUGCUUCAGGAGCGGCAGCCAAGUCUGGCGCGGAAUCAUUCCCUUAAGGAGAAGGUCCACCACAUCCGCACGGAGGGGACCCAGAGGCUGGACAAGCUCUGCUGCGAUGCGGACCUGGUCAUGCUGCUAAGUCUGUUUGAGGAGGAGAUCAUGUCUUACGUCCCCUUGACGACGUUCCAUCCUGGCUUCAGCUUCUCCCCGCGAUGCUCCCCCGGCUCAUCCCCACAGAACUCACCAGGUACACAGCGAGCGAGAGCGCCAGCCCCUUAUCGCAGAGACUUUGAGGCCAAACUCCGCAACUUUUACAGGAAGCUGGAAGCCAAAGGAUAUGGCCAAGGUCCCGGGAAGAUCAAGUUGAUAGUACGGCGUGAUCACCUGUUGGAGGGCACCUUUAACCAGGUCAUGGCCUACUCACGCAAGGAGCUGCAGAGGAACAAACUCUACAUCACCUUCGUGGGAGAGGAAGGACUGGACUACAGCGGUCCGUCUCGUGAGUUCUUCUUCCUGCUCUCCCAGGAGCUCUUCAAUCCGUACUACGGCCUCUUCGAGUACUCGGCCAACGACACCUACACCGUGCAGAUCAGCCCCAUGUCCGCCUUUGUGGAGAACCAUCUGGAAUGGUUCCGCUUCAGUGGUCGCAUCCUGGGUCUGGCCCUGAUCCACCAGUACCUUCUCGAUGCCUUCUUCACCAGACCCUUCUACAAGGCCCUACUCAGACUAGCGACUGACCUCAGUGACCUUGAGUACCUGGACGAGGAGUUCCACCAGAGCCUGCAGUGGAUGAAGGACAACGACAUCACCGACGUCCUUGACCUCACCUUCACUGUCAACGAGGAGGUCUUUGGACAGGUAACGGAGCGGGAGCUGAAGUCGGGCGGGGCGAACAUCCAGGUGACGGAGAAGAACAAGAAGGAGUACAUCGAUCGCAUGGUGAAGUGGCGGGUGGAGCGCGGGGUGGUCCCUCAGACGCAGGCACUCGUACGAGGCUUCUACGAGGUGGUGGAUUCACGAUUGGUGUCAGUGUUUGAUGCCCGUGAGCUGGAGCUGGUGAUCGCUGGCACAGCAGAGAUAGAUCUGAACGACUGGAGGAACAACACGGAGUACAGAGGAGGCUACCAUGAUGGCCACAUAGUGAUCCGGUGGUUCUGGGGAGCGGUGGAGCGCUUCAAUAAUGAGCAGCGUCUACGUCUGCUGCAGUUCGUGACGGGCACCUCCAGUGUCCCCUAUGAGGGCUUCACCGCGCUGCGCGGCAGCAACGGACUCCGACGAUUCUGCAUCGAGAAGUGGGGCAAGAUCACUUCUCUACCCAGGGCUCAUACGUGCUUCAACCGUCUGGAUCUUCCUCCCUACCCCUCCUACACCAUGCUCUAUGAGAAACUCCUCAUCGCUGUGGAGGAGACCAGCACAUUCGGCCUGGAGUAAUGCAGUCAUGCAGUCAUGCGGUGAUGGAGUGAUGGAGUGAUGCAGCGUUGCAGUGACGCGGUGAUGCAGUAACGCAGUGAUGGAGUGACGCAGUGAUGCGGUGAUGGAUGGAUAGAUGCAUUCACUCUUCCUCUCUGCACCUAUCCAAACGCGAGACUCUUUGGAGAGCAAUUAUUCUGCAGACAAAACAAAAAAUGAUGUGUACUUUUUUCCACGAUGUGUACCUUAACUGUUGACGGUGGUCUUUUUUUAAAACGUCACUUCUUUUUGUGAGUAAACCAACAUAAAGAACAAAAAACAAACAAACAAACACUUAUGAAAAACGAACACCAGAAAAUAAAAGCAGACAUGCAUGUGUUAGCUCACCCGUCGGUGCGGUGCAGUAUGUAUGUACAGUCUUUUUGUAUUGGGUUGGCACAAUCCAAACAGGUAUGCAAUAGCAAACAUUAACGGCUUCAGCCUCCAACCAGUCUCAGGGCCUCAAUCCUUUUACUGCGAACCGAACAAACAGACCGACAGCCAUUCCCCAUACCCCCUCCAUACAUCACUACAGCCAUACAAACACUGGGACCCUCCAGCCGUGAUUCUGUUCCUCAUUAACUGUUCUCAGGCCGACCAGAAUGGUGCCGGUGGCCGCACCAGCUAUGUUCGGCACGACAGUGCUUAGCUGCGAACCGCCCACGUUUA